GUAAUGCAGCGAGCCAGCACGAGAGUCAAGUUCCAAAAUUCCAAGAAAUCAGCGGUCGGCCGGUUAAACAGCAACAGUGGUAGCGGCGACUCCUCCUUGUGUAGUCUAGCUAAAUGGCGACUUUAACGAAAGCUAUUAGAACUCCGAAUGUCUGGAGAUGAAGCCAUGUGAAAGACUGACGGCUUGUGCAAACCAUGGAUAAGAUGAAUAAAAGCCUAACGAAGAUUGAGAUGGAUCUGGCUUUCGGAUCAGCGAAGCUUUUUGGAUCAUCCAGGAGUAUAGUCAGGAGGAUUGGGUCCACUCUCCCUCUUGGUCCAUGCCCUAGAGUCCACUUUCAGCUUCACCCGUUCACUGCCCUCAACCCCCCUAGCACCCCUAAUGGGCUUGUGGCAUCCCUGGCCGAUGUAGCCUGGAUCGACAACGACGAAAAGGACUUUAGUGACCGUCCCAGGUCAGAGGCUCCGUCGGGCCUGGUGUUCCGUACGCAACAGCCUCAGACGCUCCGCCGCCAGCGUUCACUACCCAGCCUACACGAGGCAGAGCCCGCACCGCAGGGUCCGACGGUGGUCAACGAUGAGGCCAUCCAGAAGAUCAGCGCCCUGGAGACAGAGCUGGCCCGCCUCAGAGCUCAGAUUGCACAGAUUGUCCUGGCGCAGGAACGCAGCGCAAACACAGCUGCUCCCCCUCCUCCGCCACCCCCACCUAGUCCCAACAUGCCUCCGCCACCUCCUCCACCUCCACCGCCACCCCCGCCCGGUCCCGGCCUGCAGAGGAGCUACUCGGCCAUCGAGCUCAUCAGAGAGCGCCGCGGCAAGAAGGGCGACAGCCUACAGCAGACUUUUUUGGACUCGGGGCCCAAGCAGCCCAGCAUGCUAGACGUGCUCAAGGACAUGGGCAAGGUCAAGCUGCGCUCCGUCAAGAGUCGGCCAGAGGAAGGCCACACCAAGCCAAAGCCCACCGACCCGACCGAUGCUGCUGGCCUCAUAGCCGAGGCCCUGAAGCGCAAGUUUGCCCACCGGUACCGCGAGGAGAGCGAGAACCAGGACGACUUCCACCUGCCUCUCCCUGACCCCAAGCCCCAGCCCCAGCCCCACUCGGGCAUGCCUCUGUUUGGGCAGCACAUGCUGAAGACGACAGGGAAAAGGAGGGUGUUGUGAUGGUGGAGACAUCGCUGGUGUAGACUGCUGCCUAGGACACUGCUGGUGCCCCUCCCUGUCUUUAUGAGACGUGUGGAGAGUCACAAGCACACCUUAGGAAAAUGGGUAACUAACCAUAUCAGUUAUUCUCGGCACUUUCAAAAGAGUAUGUCUGUGCGUUGCGAAUGGACUUUAUAUAUGUUUUAUGUUGGGUGUAUGUUUUUUUUUGUUUUUUUGUUUUUAAAUGCUUAAAGACACGGUAUUUCUGCACAGACUCAUUUCAUUGGAGUCAAGUUUUUGGUUCUGGUGAACUAUAACAGAAUGUUUAUUUGGAUUUGUUUGUCUUUCUUUCUGGAUGUUUUCAGUUGGAAACAUGAUGCAGCCAUGACUGAUCACUGGCACAAUACAAUAGCCAACCCAAUCAAUACACACCUCCAGAACUUUGUUCCUGGUUAGAAAAGGAAAGGUUAGGUUAGGGUCAGGAACGAGCGAUAGCUGGGGGUAACAAAGCUCGAGCCAAAUUCUUACUAAAAAAAAAAAAAAACACAGACUGGCGUGCCUUAACCUGUUGUCUCAAAAUGUAAACAAAAGCUAUUUCUUAAAACAACUGUUUUAUUUGUGGUAAAAUGCUACAUUCCUUGUUUCUGACUGAGUUAUUUUUAACAAUUCUUAUGUUUAAUUUAUGAUGCUGGGAAACUUAUUUAUAUGUAAAGUUUAAGUUCUUUAACAUCAACACUAGAAAUGGCUAAUGUCUGUUGAAUUAUGUAUGCUUCAUAUGCAUGUAAGAUAACUAAUGUGGAACAUUUUCAGAAAUAUUUCAAACUUGAUUUCAGAUUUUAUGUAAAGUACCUCAGCAAGUGUCCAAGUUGACCCCCACAUUUGUCUUAAAAACAGCACACAAAAUACAAGUUUUUUUCAUUUUCCAUCUCAGUUGACGAAUAUUCUUGUACUUAGGAAGAAACACUGUGUGUCAAACAUCAAUUGAAAUAUCUUCUUUGUCCAUUCCGACUCUUCAAGAACACUAAUGCUUCGUGCUUAAACCCAUGCUAGGUCUUCCCUUUUUAUUCAAGUGCUUUAUUCUUUCAUUGCCCUGGAACAUGGUAUUAAUGCUGUUGUACUGUACUCUGUGUGGCGUGUAGGUAGGUGUGCCUGUUUUGCCUCUUGCUGAACUCAGAGCUUACUUGAGGCUGUCAGAAACUUGAUGUCUAAACCCAGCAUUGACUGUUGGCCGUUGAACUUGAGAAUUUAAAGCCGUCACCAAACACUAUAUAGGUCUUGAUGGACCAGCUUUACCUACAGGAUUGAAGGGAAUAUCAAAGCAUUGUCAGGUUUUUAGAGCAUUAGCUUCUUUUAAAAGAGAAAACUACCAAAAAAACAAUCUUUUGAACACUACAUGGAUUGUUUGAUUACAAUUAUGCUGUUGAAAUACUGGAAAAAUCAACUGUACAAAUAAAAGUUUAAAGAAUGUUA